AUGGACACAGAGGGUACCAAAACCGAUCGCAAGGCACCGGAAGGGUCUCCCGACACGGCGCCACGUCGGAAAGGCUUUACGCGCACCCUUAUUAAGCCCCAUUCCCGCGCUCCGCCCCAAAGCAGCCAUACUCUCGCCGUUCCUUCCGUUUCUCGAUCUUUACGCGUUCGGAAAGCCCCUACAUCCAUACCUACCUCCACAGGCACAACGAUCAAGAUCGUAAAACCAAGUAUCUGCAGCAAGAGUACGAGGCGGGGUGCAACCAAGAGGAAAGCGCAGACAGAAGCAAAGAAAGCACCUAUAUCGACGGGUACGACAACCGAGGGUGGGCUAGCGGUGGCGGGACAGAGAAAGAAGCACCAACCGAAACCAAAAUCAACAUCGCAGACCGGCCCUCCUGCACCCAAAAAGGCUUGUGAAGUUGGCGAGCAACGGGCCUCUAGAUACCACGUGCCCCAACUUCAAAGACGACCCCCAACGGUAUAUCACCCUAGCCGAAUUUCUCGAACGAAUCCGAGCCCAACUAGCCGUUGCCCGUGGUGUCGAUGCCGACACUCAGCCGCUUUACGCACAGGGAUCAGUCGGAGCGGCUUUUAAAGUUCGGCUCUCUUCUCAUAGCUGGACCAUUAUUGCCAAAGGCGUACAGAAGCGCUAUAAAGCCGAUCUACAAUAUGAAAAGAAAAUAUACAACCAAUUACGUACCCUUCAAGGGAAAUAUAUCCCCGUAUGUCUAAGAACAGUAAAUUUAAUUUUACCAUAUUAUUACGAUGGCUGUGUUAA